AUGGCGCAUUCUGAGGUUGUGCGUGGAGUUAAUGAAUGUAUUGUUCGGCUUGAGCCUGAUAACAUGAGAAGAAUCACAGCAUUGAUGCAGGAGGAGACUUUGCAAGGUGAUGACAGAGUAGAGAAGGAAGACUACGACGAAGAAGAGGAAGAGAAUUGUUACGACGAUCAUGGUGAAGACAAUCAUGAUGUUUAUGAUGAUGAUCUUAGCGACGACGAUUAG